UCCUAGCCCUUUAAGUGCAAGGGGCUCUGUUGGGCUGGAAAAAUGUCCUUCUUCAAUUUCCGUAAGAUCUUCAAGUUGGGGAGCGAGAAGAAGAAGAAACAGUACGAACACGUGAAGAGAGACCUGAACCCCGAGGAGUUUUGGGAGAUUAUCGGAGAGCUGGGCGACGGAGCCUUUGGGAAAGUGUAUAAGGCCCAGAAUAAGGAGACCAAUGUUUUAGCUGCUGCAAAGGUGAUUGACACCAAAUCUGAAGAAGAACUUGAAGAUUAUAUGGUUGAGAUUGACAUAUUAGCAUCUUGUGAUCACCCAAACAUAGUCAAGCUUCUAGAUGCCUUCUAUUAUGAGAACAAUCUUUGGAUCCUCAUUGAAUUUUGUGCAGGGGGAGCAGUAGAUGCCGUGAUGCUUGAACUUGAGAGACCAUUAACUGAGUCCCAAAUUCAAGUAGUUUGCAAGCAGACAUUAGAGGCGUUGAAUUACCUACAUGACAAUAAAAUCAUCCACAGAGAUCUAAAAGCUGGCAAUAUUCUCUUUACCUUAGAUGGAGACAUUAAAUUAGCGGAUUUUGGAGUGUCAGCUAAGAAUACCAGGACAAUUCAAAGGAGGGAUUCAUUUAUUGGCACACCGUAUUGGAUGGCUCCUGAAGUCGUCAUGUGUGAGACAUCGAAGGACAGACCCUAUGACUACAAAGCGGACGUUUGGUCCCUGGGAAUCACUUUAAUAGAAAUGGCUGAGAUAGAGCCGCCUCAUCAUGAGCUAAACCCAAUGCGAGUGCUGCUGAAAAUAGCAAAGUCGGAGCCCCCCACACUAGCACAGCCAUCCAGAUGGUCUUCAAAUUUUAAGGACUUUCUAAAGAAAUGCUUGGAAAAGAAUGUGGAUGCGCGGUGGACCACAUCCCAGCUGUUACAGCAUCCCUUUGUUACCGUUGAUUCCAACAAACCAGUCCGAGAAUUGAUUGCUGAGGCGAAGGCUGAAGUAACAGAAGAAGUUGAAGAUGGCAAAGAGGAAGAUGACGAUGAUGAGACAGAGAGUGCUCUGCCAAUACCUGCGAAUAAACGCGCCUCCUCUGACCUCAGCAUUGCCAGCUCUGAGGAAGAUAAGCUUUCACAAAAUGCUUGUAUUUUGGAAUCUGUGUCAGAAAGAACAGAACACAAUACUUCUGGGGAUAAAUUUAGCAACAAAGUUCUUAGUGAGAAGCCUACUCCUGAGGGACCUGAGAAGGCUGUGGAUGUGGAUGGGCCUGCAAAUGAUGUUAACUUAGAAACUGUGGCUGAACCAAAUGACCAAGCGGUAGGAUUCCAUGAGAAUGGGAGAGAGAAGAAAAGACCCAAACUGGAAAGUCAACCAGAUACAGAAGACCAACAAACUGUGGAUGUUAAUUUAGUCGGUGAAGGAAAUGACAGCAAUAUAGUAAUUUUAGAAACAAACACUGAUUGUCUGAAACCAGAGGAAGACAGAAAUGAAGAAAACCAAGAGAUAAUUGAGAAUAAACUUACACAAUCUGAAGAAAUUAAAGAUAUACAUAUUCAAACAAUGGACUUAGUUUCUCAAGAAACUGGAGAAAAAGAGGCAGAUUUUCAGGCAAUUGACAAUGAAGUUGGGUUUACAAAGGAAGAAACCCAAGAGAAAUUGGGAAAAGAUGAUAAAACUCAAAAAGUUGUGAUCAGUGAUAUAAGCAGUGAGGUGGGAACAGACGAGGCUCCAGGUGAUACCCAGAAGGCUGCUGAGCAGAGCCAGGAUGCAGAGGGUGGGGCUGGGGAAGAAGCCCCGGAGCCUGCCCAGACACUAACAGAGAAGGCCACUGAGGGCCCUGAGGCUCAUGGUGCUGAGGAAGAGCCUCGUAGUGGAGAGAGAGUAGAGGAUAAGCAGCUAGAGCAGCAGUCUGCAGUGUGUGAAGGUGAGGGACAGGUAACCAGCACUUCAGAGAGCACACGGGCAACCACGGAGGAACCAGAGACUGACGAAGUUGACCAAGUCAGCGAGUCAAAUAGCAUUGAGGAACUAGAGAGACUUGGAGUUACUGGUGCUGAGGAACAGGCUCUAGGGAGCAAAGGGGAGGCUGCUACGGAGGUAGAUUUGGAGAGAGAAGAAAAUGCACAGGAACUGCCAAUUAAAGCAGAGCCCCAAGCUCCUGCAGCAUCGCAGCCCAGUGAACCUCCCCCUGUCUUAAUACCCAGUAUUAAUAUUCAUUCGGAAAACACAGAAAAUAAAGGAGAAAUGGGUGCUUUGCCAAAACCUGAAACCAUACUGCCACCAGAGCCUGAAAAUGGAAAGGGAAAUGACACGGACUCAGGGACUGGGUCCACUGUGGAGAACAGCAGCAGUGACCUGAACUUGUCCAUCUCUAGCUUCCUGAGCAAAACCAAGGACAGUGGCUCGGUGUCUCUGCAGGAGACAAGAAGACAGAAGAAAACAUUGAAGAAAACACGUAAAUUUAUUGUUGAUGGAGUAGAAGUGAGUGUGACAACAUCAAAGAUAGUUACAGACAGCGACUCUAAAACCGAGGAAUUGCGGUUUCUCAGGCGUCAGGAACUUCGAGAGCUAAGGCUUCUCCAGAAGGAAGAGCAGAAAGCCCAGCAGCAGCUCAACGGGAAAUUGCAGCAGCAGCGCGAGCAGAUCUUCAGGCGCUUUGAGCAGGAGAUGCUGAGUAAGAAGCGACAAUAUGACCAAGAAAUUGAGAAUCUAGAGAAGCAGCAGAAACAGACAAUUGAACGACUAGAACAAGAACACACAAACCGCCUGAGAGACGAAGCUAAGCGCAUCAAAGGAGAGCAGGAGAAGGAGCUGUCCAAGUUCCAGAAUAUGCUAAGAAACCGAAAGAAGGAGGUUAUAAAUGAAGUGGAGAAAGCACCCAAAGAGCUGAGAAAAGAGCUCAUGAAGCGCAGGAAAGAGGAGCUUGCACAGAGCCAGCAUGCUCAGGAACAAGAAUUUGUUCAGAAGCAACAGCAAGAGUUAGACGGCGCUCUGAAAAAGAUCAUCCAGCAGCAGAAGGCAGAGUUGGCCAAUAUUGAGAGAGAGUGCUUGAAUAACAAGCAGCAGCUCCUGAGAGCCCGAGAAGCUGCAAUUUGGGAGCUUGAAGAACGACAUUUACAAGAAAAGCACCAGCUGCUUAAACAGCAACUUAAAGAUCAGUAUUUCAUACAGAGACAUCAGCUGCUUAAACGCCACGAGAAGGAAACAGAACAAAUGCAGCGUUACAAUCAACGACUUAUUGAAGAAUUGAAGAACAGACAGACUCAGGAACGAGCUAGACUGCCCAAGAUUCAGAGAAGUGAAGCCAAGACACGAAUGGCCAUGUUUAAAAAAAGUUUGAGGAUUAACUCAACAGCUACACCAGACCAGGACCGUGAAAAAAUUAAACAGUUUGCUGCACAGGAAGAAAAGAGACAGAAAAAUGAGAGAAUGGCUCAGCAUCAAAAACACGAGAGUCAGAUGCGGGACCUUCAGUUGCAGUGUGAAGCCAACGUCCGAGAGCUGCACCAGCUGCAGAAUGAAAAAUGCCACCUGUUGGUUGAACAUGAGACUCAGAAACUGAAGGAGUUAGAUGAGGAGCACAGCCAAGAGCUCAAGGAGUGGAGAGAGAAGCUGAGGCCCAGGAAGAAGACACUGGAGGAAGAGUUUGCCAGGAAACUUCAGGAACAGGAAGUGUUCUUUAAAAUGACCGGGGAGUCCGAAUGCCUCAACCCCUCAGCGCAGAGCCGGAUCUCCAAAUUCUACCCUAUUCCCACCUUACAUUCCACUGGGUCAUAGCGGCAGCAGUGUCCUCAUCUGGAUUUGCCUUCUGAGUGCAUCGUUGUGUUCUCUCCCACGCGUGUGACUACAAAGACAAUCGCCUGCUUCAUCUUGGUUUUUAGAAUUUCUUUCUUGGAUUUUAUUGUUAAACAAAGAUGAAGAGCAAACGAACUAAGAUAGAUGCUAGGCCACGCUGCAGCGUAGAUCUGCAGGGAAUCCCUAAGGUGAUUCUGUGUAUCAACCUUAGAUACUGUAUUCUUUAACACUCUUAGUGAAAACUGCCAGAGACAUAAUGUUUAAAGUUAUUUGGAAAACAUAUCUGUUACAUCACUAAGUAUUAAAAAAUAUUGUUUUAUCUGAUUUCUCAAUGAUGCUAAAUUCUAUAGAUAGGAUUCUGCUGUAGAAUUGGAAUAAUUUUCUUUGGUAAACCAACUCUUAAUUUAAAAAAGCCAUGAGUUACAGAAAUACAUUAUUGAUCGAGUACAUAGAUAUAUUUUUAUCACUAAACAGAAUCAAAAUCUUUUAAAAGAGAAAAGUUAUUUCAGUAAUUUGUCACAAACAUUAGCCUGUGUGGGUAGGAGCUAAUUAUUAAGGUGCUAAUUUUAUUAAGAUAGUGCCUAAAACACUAAAUUUUAAACAUAUGUAAAUGGGGUUUUCCUUUUGGUCAACAGGAACAAAGUACCCUUCUCACUGAGCAUCACUUCUCAAUAGAAACUUACAUCCUAAAACAAAGGAAAGAUGGAAGGAUUGGCUUUAAAAUGUGAGUCGACUGAGCCUGCAUCUCAGCGAGUUCUGUCCGUCACUGGGAGCUCAGAUGGCAUUGUGCCACAGUCACAGCUGCAGUUCUGAGGCUGGUCUUAGGGGACAUGUUUGUCCACAAAGGACAUUCAUAUGCGUUCAUAUCAGGCAAACACACACCCAAAGUGACCCUGGGUCGUUCCCAGUGAGGUUAGUCAAGAGCAUUGUGGUUUUAGUUUGUCUCUGUUUAAAUUAACUGCUUUGAGUAGGAAAAGUCUGAAGUCUUUAUCAUGUGGUAGCUGGUCAUGUGACUGUUGAGGAAAUGCUCACGCUUAAUUCCUUUAGAAGUUCAGAGUCUCAGCCCCAUGUCAGGUCAACAGUGUUAUAAACAGCGCCUUUGUGAACGCUGCUCACUGCCUGCCAUUGGCAACCUGUUCUCUUCUAAGAGUGCUGGGUACCAAAUUGUUACCAGUGUUUAUAUUUCAAGGUCGGUGAAAAGUAGAAGUCUCAGUGUAAUGUGGGAACAGCAGUCCACGUAAGAAACUGUAGAUGUCUGUAGUACUUUCUUGCAGUUCAUUUGAAACUUUGGAUGCUGAGCUUUAUCUGGUUUAGAUGGUUAAAAAAUGCAUGUGUAAUUUUAAUUUUAUAAUUAUUUUGACAAGCAUAAUUUUUCUGGACAACCUUGUAGGUGGUAGCCUUAACUUUUAGCCAACUUUGUUUUUUUUUUAUAUAAAUAUAUAUAUACAUAUUAUAUAUAUAAUGUAUGGUUGUAAAUUCAUACACUUAUCACAUGAAUAUGUUACUAUAUACAGAACUCUUAAUGCUUUAUUUUCAGAUGCUGGGUUGAAACUGUUUGAAAGCCUUUAAAUAUAUAUCUUUAUAAAGUAAUAUUUAGGAUGAUGAUGGAAAUUGUUUAUAUUGUUAUGAUAAAAGAUGGUAUUAUGUUGCCCAGUGUGUUUAAUGAGUUAUUUGAGGAGGAGAGGGGAGGCAGGCUCUCAGACCACUUUCUCCUUUAAGUUUUACAGAUCAGCUCCCCAGUCAGUGGGUUUUCUUUCCGUUGCAUUCAGGUAAUCCAGACAUGAUUUGAUCUGAGCGUCUCCCCUUCCUGUUCUUGACAUUCAGAGUAUUGUAUCUGGGAGGGAGGGCAAAGGGUGUCUCCCUGAAGCCUGCCCUCUAGAGUCCCUGCUCCUGCUUGGAGUUUUCUUUCAAACAUGGCGGCUGCCUUCCUGUGUGUGCAGGGACUGUUAGUGGAGCACACUCAUCUCAGCACUUCAGGUUAUGUGUAGGACGUGUUUGUAACAGAACAUGCUGUUUCCAAGCAAACUUGCCUACUCCUUCUAAGGCCUUACCCCAAGUAGAUAAUGGUGAUUGUUCUCUCCUGCAUGAAGUACAAGUGGGGAGGGGCCGAGGGGCAGAGGCAUCCGUUCAUACGGUGAGUCUGUUCCUGUUUAGGUCGCUUGGUUGCUGUGGCAGAAUGUGCCAUGCAGAGCAUAAAGGGAAUUGUCAACAGUCACCUCCCCAGUCCCUGCAUGCUGUGGACACGCCUCACCCCUCCCCACCUCUGCAGGUCCAGCUCCUAGAGCUCGUACAGGGUUUCCUCCCUAACCCUGUCGAGGCUCAGGCCGUGGGCUGCUCCAUCAGCUGUUGUAUUAGGUGGAGUCGUAUCCAGCUCUUCCUUACCUUUUCUGCGUGUGAGGAGGAAGUUGGGAGUGUUUCUAGGUUGCUGACGAUACUGGAAGCUUCUCCCAUGUUAGGACACAGUGAGUGAGGACAGCAGGAGCAGAACCAGAGCUACCUCUAAGCAGUGUUUCCUCAAGCACGCGCUCUCAGGUCAGGAGACCCUCGCGGAGGCUCUCUGAUUUCUUGAGCAUCAGCAAGUCUCAGAAGUGAUUGUUUUUGUAUUCUUCCCGCUCCCUCACACCUUCAUACUUUCCCCAUCCUACACUGUGCUUAUUAAAUGACAAAGACUCUUCUAAGAAGCCAAAUUUGGCCAAAUUAAUAGCUAGAAACAUUGCAGAAUAGAACACCUAGAGCUGCUGUGGAAGAAGGGGCCUCAGCUCUCUGACCCUUCUGGUCCUCCCUGGAGACGGCCAUGCAGGAUGCGGGGUGCUGAUUUUUAAUGCUUCUCGUAAGACAGGCCACAGUCGAUGCCUCUGCUGUCCUGUUCUUUGGCUGACAUGGUUUUAAUAAUGCUUUAAAAUUUCUGCUACAAAGCUUGGAGUAAAGUGUUUUACCAGUUUCAAAUGUUGGCUGCAGCUUAAAAAAUGUGAUUCUUUGCAGUAUAAUAAGUUCACAAGCUAAGUUUUCAAAGAGAAUUUUGUUUCACAGUGUGCUUCUUGUCUAUUUGGGAUCAGAAACAUGCCUUUUCAAUCAUGGGAUUGUUAAACAAUAAAAUUAUUUCUUAAUCUA